GCAUCAACCACGCGAUCACCUGCCUUUGGCGCUUCCUGGGCCAAGAGGAUUCUGCGCCCCACACGAGCCACGUCUGGAUGGAUCUGCAGACCUGAGAGCCGGCUGGGCGUUCCUGAGGUGAUGAGACGUUCCUCUGGAACCUCACCAACAUGGCGCUUGGGUCCACGCAGGUCUUCCCAGUGAUCAGCAACGAGAGGGUGUUCAACAUCGUCGUCCUCUUGGGCCGUGCCAUGGUCUUCUCAGUCGUUGUGUCGGCGAUGUUGUCGAAUGCGGCACAGACCAGAUUCGACCUGAAGAACCGCGAACUAGCGAUGGAGGAGCUGACGCGUUUCUUACACGCGUUCAAAAUUCAGCCUUGGCUCAGGAUGCAGGCGCGGCAGCAGAUGAGCGUCAAACUGAUGCCGAAACGCCCGCAAGCGGUCAAGGACCUGUGCGUGUGUGCGUGCGCGUCUGCGUGUGUGUUCGACAUGAUCUCGUUGAUCCUGCGCCAUCAGACUGGCGCUCUGCAGCCCCCGUUUCCUCGACCACGUUCUCAACCACAUCCUCUCGACCCAUGAGUG